AUGGAUGUUCCAAAGUGUUCGUUUUGUUUGGAUAUAAAUAGUAAACGAGGAUUAAUUGAUUUAAAUUCAAAAUUAUAUGGAUUAGACGUCAUUGGAGUUCCUAUUUCAAAAGUUGCUUCCGAAGUUUUUAAUUUUAAGAUAAUAGAUGGAUUUAUUUGCGGCAAUUGUCAAGAGGAACUUGUAAAUGCAUUCAAGUUCAAAGUGAAUGCUAUGAAAGCGUUUGAAGGGAAUUCUGAAUUGACGAAAAAUUUGGAAAUUUUGAAGAGCUUAAAGGAUAUUUUUGACGACAUUGAGUCAAUAAACGAUGUAACAAUCAUGAAUAACCACAAAAACAUUGCAAUCAUUAGAAAAAAUGAGUGUCAUAAGUUUAUUCCUCAAGGAUGGCGUAAUGAAUCAUGUGAAGAUACAACAAUUGAAAUACUAGAGAUUGAAUGUAAUCCAGAACAGAUACAGGAAGCAAUUGAAACUAAUGAAGAAGAAGAAGAGGAGAUACACCAUGAAACGUCAAUCGUAGGUAACGAAGAAGAGGAAGAGACACAACAUGAAAUGGAAGAUGAAAAUGAAAAUUUGAACCCUGAAUUUAAGGACGAAACAACUUAUCUUAAAUGUGAGAAAGAAACGAUGCAAAACACAAUGAAUGUCGUCACUAAUUAUACAAGUUGUAAUAUUGAUUACAUGAAAAGUGCUUAUGUGAGAUUGGAAAGACUUAAAUCUCUUGACUCUCCAGAAAAAGAUUCUACAUUUCAAGAUGACCUUUCCGACACCAUGGAUGUUGAAUAUGAUUCAACAAUUUGUGAAAAUGAGCCAUUAGAUAACAACGAAAAUGAAGACAGUUUAGUGAGUGAUAAAAACGAUUCCAAUUUAAAUGAAACAAAAAGCGAUGAAAAUUUAAAUUCUAUUAUCAAUCAAAAAGUUAGAGAAAGUAAAGUUGUAACUCAUACGGGAGGUGGAGACGUAUCUGUCUGGUCUUGUAUUUUCUGCAAAAAGCUUUAUUUCUAUGGUCAUACAUUGAAAAGUCAUCUUCUUGUCAUUCAUUACUCUAAAAAAGAAGAAAAAUAUAAAAAAAGGAAACGAAACGUUGAUCAAGAAAAAAAGUACGAAUAUAAUCGAGAAUGGAUCGAGAAAAUUAUUCAAAAAUCAACACCUGAAGAUGGAUCAGGUAACAUGACAUGCUGUCUUUGUAAGAAAUUUACCACCACCAAAGAUAGUGGAAUGAGAUUACAUAUUGCAAAAAUGCAUUGCUUAAAAAAGCCAGAACGUAGAAGUAUUGAUAGAGUGUCACAACAUGAGUAUGAUAUUGAGUGGAUAAGAGAAAAAAUGGAGGAAUCAAAGGUUGAAACUGAAGACGAUAAAUGGAACUGUGUGGUCUGUAAUGAAUUUUCAGCAACAACAAUUAUGGGAAUUCGAUCUCAUAUAAGUCAAGCUCACUGUAAACCAAAGAAAAAAAAAGUACAAAAUGUUUCAAGAUUCAAUGAUAAAGAUAGACAUGAGUACGAUCCCGAUUGGAUUAAUAAAAUGAUAGAAAAAUCUCGAACUAGUGAUGAUUCAAACUUGUUUUCAUGCACUAUUUGUAAAAACUUUUCUUCAAAAUCGUUCACAGGUAUUCGUUGCCAUAUAAUUUUUUUACAUUGUAAAGCAAGGAAAAAAAUGAACCCCAAAUUUGGAACAAUUAACAAGAAUAUUAACAUUGAAAUAGAGAAACAUGAAUACGAUUUAGAUUGGAUACAAGAAAUGAUGGAAAAAUCCAAGAUCGAUGAUAAUAUGAAAACAUUUUUAUGUAAUGUUUGUGAAAAUUUCAAAACGUCUUCAACUCUGGGAAUAAGACAGCACAUAGUUAGGGAACAUUGUAAUCGAAAUGCUCAAGAAGCAGCCAUACUUGCAAGAAGGAAUAGAGAAAGACACGAAUAUGAUCCCGAGUGGAUUAAUCAAAAGAUGGAAGAGUCAAAAAAAGGCGAAGAUGGCCAAUGGACAUGCUCUGUUUGUAAUGAGUUUUCAGCAAAAUCUCGAGUUGGAAUGCAGCAGCAUAUAACGAGAUUGCAUUGUGAAAAAAUUUCUUUAAAAAGUGAAGAUGAAAUUGAAGAUGACGAUGAGGAAGAUGAGAGACACGAAUACGAUGUAGAGUGGAUUAAAGAAAUUGUUGAGAAAGCAAAAAUAAGAAACGAGAACAAAUAUUGUUGCGUUGUCUGUGAAAACUUUACAACUCACUCUGAAGUUGGAAUAAGAUAUCAUGUUGCAAGAACGCAUUGCAAGCCUCGAAAUAAAAAUCCUUUCGAUAGAUCUAUAUCAGAAAAUAAUGCUGACUCUGAAUGGUUGAAAGGAAUGAUUGAAAAGUCGAAAACUCCAAGCAGUUCAACUUUAUGGAAUUGUUGUGUUUGUGACAAUUUCUCGUGUUUUUCUUUAUCUGCAAUUCGAAAACAUUUGAUAACGUUGCAUUGUGAAUCAACUUCAUCAGGAUCAUUAAAUCACCAAGACGACAAAUUACAAGCCAAUGAAUCAAUUUCGGAAAGAAUUCGAAAAAAUUGGAUCAAAAAUGUUGUCAACAACUCCGAAGUUAAGAAGGAAGAUGGAAUUUUCUGGAUUUGCUGUAUUUGUUCAACAACUUGUGAAGGAUUCAAAGAAACAAAACUUCAUGUAUCGAGAAUGCAUCGAAAAGAAAUGAGAACAGAAACUCAUAAAUUAAUUAAAGAAGAAGAAGAUGCAUUUCAAAACGAUAAAGUAGAAAAAUGUCGAAAGAGAUUGCACACGUCAGAAGAAGUGAAAAAUGUUUGGAUUUGUCGUGAAUGUGGUGGCAAAAUUUGCUAUACGGAAGAAGAUUUCCGAAAGCAUUUACGAGUUGAACACAUGAAUAAAUUUGAUGGUACAGAAGAAAGUACGAUACGUAACGGAAACAAAAGAUCACUUGAUCAAUCUGAUGACGACGAUGAAUGGGUCCCAUUAUGGCAGCAGCCUCCACUAAAACUUCACUGUGCAAGCGAUACAGAAAUUGAAGAUGUUCCAAUAAAAUGUGAAACAAUUCUUGAGGAAUCAAACGAAUCAAAGCAAGAGGAUCAAAUAGAAUAUUUACAUUUAUUACCACCUGAUAUGCUGCUUUCUGAAAGUUCCGAAAGUAGCAAUGACGAAAUGGAAUCAAAAAGUAUUGAUGAUCAAAAUAAAACUGAAGUCGAUCAAAUUGAAGCACAACAUGAAUAUGUUAUGAAAUCGAAUAUGACAAGAAGAGAAAAGAUUUGGAUGAAAAAAGGAAUGAAAGCCUCGAAAGUCUCAAAUUCCCAUUACAAAUGUUGGAUUUGCAGCUACACAUGCAAAGACCGUGGAAGUUCGAGACACCACGUUAUUCGUAACCAUCUUCCAUUCUUUAAACUUAGUACCGAGAAGUAUAAGGCGCAUAAAUUGGAAUGCAAGAACUUGAAAGACAAUUCUAACGGGUUCAGAUUACCGAAAAUCAAAUCGAAUUUUGUUAGAAAUAUCAAGAAACGGGAGCCGAAGCAAGAAAGAGUAAAAUUGGGCAAAAAAUUAUGGCAAUGUAAUAUUUGUGAUCUUAAAUUUUUAAAAAAAUAUUCGUAUAGAAUGCAUAACAAAGUUCAUCACAUUUGUGAUAACACGGUGAUCAAAAUGAAGCUUGAGAAAUGUGAUCUUUGUGAUAUGCAAUUCAGAAAUCUCGAUGAUUUGAAUUACCAUAAAAAUAUUCAUAAAACAAAAGGAGAAUCGGAAUCAAUUCCUGCUGAAGGCUUUUGUUUCCGUUCUAAACUGAAAGUUGACUCGGUUGAAGUUCUGCCACAUCAUGAUGAAGAUAAUUGGAAUGAAAUAUGUGGACAUUGCACACAGAAAUAUAGAAGUGAAGAAGAUUUGAAACGUCACAUUAUGUUUUUCCAUAUGAAGCCAUUAUUAUGUCCAAUUGAUAAUGAAACAUUCAAAAAAUUUGACGAUUUCCUUCUCCAUGUUCAUUCAUCGCAUUUAAUGGUUCGAAAUGAAACGCCUGUCGUCGACAAUGGAUGUCUGGAAGAAACUUCAAAUGACACAGUGAGCAACAAUUUUCCAACCAUUAAAGAAGAAAGAGAAGUGUCAUUUUUCGAAAGAAGUGCAGAUUAUUGAAGGGUUCAGAGAUAUCGGAAAAAAUUGCUCUUUCGUUUCACUACAUAAUUCAAGUUUUUUUAUAUUUUAUUAUGUAUAUCAUUUUUCACAAUCAUAAAUAAAAUGAAAUGUAAAGUCAA